AUGCUUCCCUCGGCGCGCAGCCGCCUCCUUGACGUUGGUCUUGCGUGUGAUAAGCACGUCAAUGUCACCAGAGGUAGGCUGUCGGCGCCUGUAGCUGCCGCAGACGGAGAGCUCGUACCCCUUUCCCAAAUACUUGCGCAGCCGCAGCUUCAGAAACGCCUCGUGCAGCCGCACCUCGUCGUGUGGGAUGCGCUGUGUGAUGUCACCGUGGUACUUCAACCCAAGCCGCUGCGCCUCGGUGAGGUGCAGGGCUGUAGCACCCUCAGUCGACGACGCCUUCUUCUUCACCGCUUUCUUGGCGCCGCCACUACUAGUACAACAACUACUACUACUACUAUUCUCAGCCUCCUGCUCCUUCACACGCUGCUGCAACUCCGCCACCGACUUAAGGCCGUACUUCUUGUAGAACGUCACCGCCGUUCGGGGGCCGACGCCGUGCACCUGCGUCAGUUCCUGGAUGGCGCGAAUGAUGGGUUUUGCUUGCAGGCUGUGCAGUUCGGCGAGAUCGCCCGUUGA